CAGAUUUUUUUUGUGUAUGUAUGUUUGUGUAUGCUUCCAUCUUAUUUCUGAUUAGGUUCAUCUUAUCUAAUAACAGAACUCUUGGAUGAGUUUAAUGAUUCCUUUCAUUCCUUCAGGCAAGCAAAGCUAGAUAAAAUAUUUAACUGAGACUGUAAAAAAACGAACUUUUCCUAAAUGUAUUAUUUAGUAGUACAACAAUCUCAAGUUCAACAAAUUACCCAGAGCAAAUAUUUCAGCCCUGAGGCUCUCAUUAGUGUUUGGGCUGUUUGACGCCACUGUCAGUGAGGCUUAUGAGGCAGACUGUGGGAAAGAGAACACUGAGAUAUAAUCAGUGAUCUCUAAGGUUAACCGAGUGAUGUAAAAUAACCUGAAGCUUGCUGUCACAGGCAUUGGAUUUGAGGAUUAAGUUACAAAAGCAAAUAUUCAGCUCUUUGAACAGAGCUGUUUAAACAGAGCCCUCACACUGCAUGAGAGCACAGAGAUAGACUCCUCGAAUAGGACAAUGACGUAAAAUUUCCCCCUGUGCAGAAAUGAUGAAUGAUGUGUUCAUCAACUACUCAUCCCACUAAUCAUCAGCGGAGCUUGUGAGUCGUGGCUGGGGCUCGGUCUGUGCUGGUGUCCUGCUGUGAUGCUGCGGUAGCCUUUGCUCUGGCUCCAGCCUCAGCCUGAGGAACUCUGGGGGAGGGGGAGGGGCUUGGAGAGCAGUGGAGCGGCGUGAUUGGUCGAGACACUGGGAACUCUGUUGUUGUUCCAUCCUUAAACCACAGAGCAGUGAAUCUCCCUAGCACAGGAAGCAUUGGGGGACACUUUCCCUGCCUCUUCAGGGUGGACUGUAUCGCAGUGACAACACAGCUGAAUCCCUAAGGGAGGGGGCUGAACUCUUCUGUCACAUUCUGCCUUCCAUUCUGAGGAAAAACGAAAGCUUUUCUCCCAGCGUCAGGGCCGCUCUAUUUGAGCCGAGGGCCCCACGAUGCAGGAAAAUACCUGUAGCGGAGAAAGCCAGAUGGAAAGCGUGUCGGACUCCUCCUUGUCUCCUGACGGAUGUCCGCUCACCUGCUUAGAGCCCUUCACAGUGCGAAGGCUCUCGUGUCGCAGUGUGCAGCUGCCGCCGCUGGCCUUCCGCCAGGCUGAGCAGUACUACUGCGAGAGAAGGCCAGAGACAGAGACAGCACAGCCGCGACCCACCAGCCUCCCCCUGAGAGCUCCACCGCUCAUCGCCAUCACCUCUGCAGAGAACAGCAGGUAUGCAGCCGAAUCUUUAUUUACCAACCCUUUGUUCAGGAUAUAGUUUCUGACAGGUAUCUUUUACCUAUUUGAGGAACUAAAGCAACAUCUGAGAUGUUUGUUUCAGUUUAAGGAACCAUAUUAAUGCAGAAAUGUACUCCACUGGUUAAAGCUGAUAAAUUUACUGUGUGCUUGCAUUGGAUUCUCCUACCUUGUAGGUUUCUUUGCCAUCCUAUACAUUUCAUUCCAAACAAUGGUGUAUAUAAAAUAAUUGUCAGUGCCGAUUUAGUUACGAAAAAUGAGAAAACGUGUGCAUUAUAACAAUGUUGGGUGAAUAGUGUGGAGUUUUUUUUUUUUUUUUUUUUACAGUAACUAAUUUGAGUUAUGCAAAUAAUUUCAUGCUAACCUGGCGUCUGUUACCAUUCGUCUAUUGUGGGCUACAUUUGCAUUUGUUUGAGCUAGCAUGCUUUUAUUUAACCUUCAUCUACUUUGCUGUAGUGUAGUACCUUUGAGGAUGUUCUCUAGGACACCUUAAUCUGACAUCUUACCAUGGAUGAACCGUUGCUUAGCUCUUCUAGAGAUAAUUGCAGAGUUUAGCUUGAAUUUUUAUUGUACUUUUAGUGGUGUUACACCUUGUAAUUAAAAGUGAUUAAAACUUUAAACUACAGUUAAAACAUUAAGACCACCGUGAUGGUCAAACAGCAGCAAUGGUACUGUUGAGUUGAUAUAGAUUGUUUCUAUCUAAUCUAUCUAAUAUAGUGUCCAUGUUACAAUUUUAAUAUGUAUGCUUUUUUAUGUAUUUUUUUAUAUUUAUAUAUGAGUGUAAUGGAGCAACAGGAUUGAUGUUAAUAUAAGUUUACUGUAAAACUAAAAACCAGGUUAAACAAUGCCUUAAAUUCAGUCCUGAUUAUUUUUAAACAAGUGAAUAUUUUCUGCAACUGUGGAAUUAGAGAUAAACUGUGGUUUAGUUCAGGUUAAGUCAUAUCCUUCGUUGGUGGAACCCAGUUUAUGUAAAGUUAGUGUGUGACGUUAUAGGUGAAAACAGCUUAAACUCUAAACUAAAAACAGAUUCAUGUUUGAAAGCUUCGAGAGGUAAGUUUAUUAUUCUAAAUUAGUCACCAAGCACACACUUUGUCUCUUCAUGAGAAAAAUUGGAAUGUUUGAACUGUUUCUUUUUCGAAUGAAUGUUUCUUUGUCUGGUUGCUGCAAACAUCAGCUUUGAACUUGUGCUUGCAUUUGGAUUUGCCGUGUAAAAUUAAUCUCAGAAAUGAGCAAUGCUAAGCUCAGAACCAUGAUUACACCAUUACACCAUUAAUAAUGAGUUCUGUAUUUGUAAUUUGGGUCAUGAU